UGACGGCUGUACUUUUAUUGAUUGUAUUUUAUUAAUCUUAAUGUUUAUUAACAUCAUGUCCUUCAAAACACUUAGUGACUCCACAUGAACAAACUCACUGUUCUAAAACACAUCUCUAGGGAAGGUUAGUUUACUCACAGAGAAGGGGUCCUUUUGAUGGGCUGUUUGACACAGGAUCUUGCAGUGCAGUUAGUCCAGGCUAGCCUCAAGUUUGCAGUUCUCUAACUUCAGCUUCUCAGUUGCUGACAAUUAUAUGCGUGCACCAACAUAACCAGAUAAAACAGGUGUCACUUGUACAAGCAACCUUGAAUAAAUAGUCAAACCCAUAAGAGAGAAUCUGUCUAAAGGUGAAUACUGUUAGUAACUCAUUCCAGUUGAUAUAACAAAACCUUCAUGUCUCUUGAGGCUCAUAAAAAUUUAGAGAAAUGUGCUUAAGAAUAUGUAUAUGUUUAUACAUAUGUGUUUAAGGAUACUGUAUUAGUCAGGGUUCUCUAGAGUCACAGAACUUAUGGAGUGUCUCUAUAAACUAAGGGAAAUUAUUGGAAUGCUUACAGUCUGCAGUCCAACUAGGCCAACAAUGGGCAGCUGUGAAUGGGAAGCCCAAGAAUCUAGGAGUUGCUCAGUUCCAUGAGGCUGGGGGUUUCAGCUGGUCUUCUGUAAAAGCUGGAAUACUGAAGAAGCAUGUUCCAAUAGAUGUGCUGGUAAGUAAGUACAAGCAGGUGAAGAAUAACGAACUCCCUUUUCCAGUGUCUUUAUGUAGGCCUCCAGAGAAGCUAUGGCCCAGAUUGAAGCUGUGUACCACCACAACCCGACCUAAGCUUAUCUUUACUUGGAAUUUGGUCUGCCUCAGGCUGGCCUUGAACUCAUGGGAUCUGCUUGUCUGUCUCCUGGGAUUAAAGGCAUGGACCUCCUUGCCUGGGCCUAAGCUUUUCAUAAGCUGUUCACUAUGCAUCUGAUCCAGAUCUGGUCCUCCAGCCUCAUGUCACAUGUCAUCCAGCCUCAUGAUCUGGGUUGUAGGUACGCCUUCCAUUUCUGGAUUGUAGUUCAUUCCAGAUAUAGUCAAGUUGACACCGGAGAAUAGCCAUUGUAGAGAUGAAAAGGACCUUUCUGUGUUGCCUGAACUGAUCUAAGAAAAUGAGCAUUAGGACCCAGGUUCUACCUUCUGUUAAAGAAUAGAAGCUAAUUAGUUUUUAAUUUUUCCUGGACUACUGUGGACUGUCAUUUAUGGUGGCUGUAAAGAGUCAAAGUACAAUAUCCAGGGCAGGAGAGGUGACUCAGCUUUUGUGAGUACACAUUCUUCUGGUCUCCAUGGGUAAGGUACACAUACAUGCAGGCACUCAUACAUGCACAUAAAAUAAGGAAAUCAGUUAAAAAUACAUAGAAUGUAAAAUUGGGCAGUGUUCUCUUCCUGGUUUAGGUCUAAUACUGACAUGAGUGCUCCCACCAGUUUCUAUUCCCAUAUCUAACAGCAAAAGUUAACACUACUUGCCAACUGCUAUAAAGCUGAGUAGUGUGUGAUGUUUGUAGAGUUCUUUGUACUACAACAAAGAUACUAAUACAUACCAAGGCACAAGGCACAUACACAGAAUGCUAGUUUAUGAGGGGCGGGUGAUUCAGGAGCAGUAUUGAUGUCCUAAUAGUAAUAGGAAGACUGAUGCUAACAAGCUGCAUAUGUUCGUAGAUUAUUCGUUUUUAAAUUCUUAUGGUAGCUCCUCCUUCUCCCUUCUUUCUCUUUUCUUUUUUCCUCCUCCUCUUUCUCCUCUUUCUCUUCCUCUUCUUCUUUGACAUAAGGUGUCACUAUGCAGAGGUGGAUGCCCUAAAGCUAGGUUGGCCCACCCUUUAUACCUGCCCCUUCUGAGGGCUGGGAUAAAAGACAUGCAUCGACACCAUGCCUGGCUUGAUAUAUAUAUAUAUACACACAUAUAUAUAUGACUUGUUUUAGUAACACUAAGAAGCAUUUGAUUUCAGUGGUAAAUAACGUAAAUAGGAAGAAGUUUCUGUAACUCACCCAGUUCAAGGUUCACAUGAAACCACGGUGAGUUGGACAAUCACAGUCUCAUUGCAGGUUGCUGGGAGCUUCUCUAUGCUCUCCUGCUGACCAGUUGUCGGCACCCUGAGGAUGCCUAUGCUUCUUAGUGAGAGGUGUCUAACCAGCUGUGAAGUGGUUGUUUAGCCAAGGAGCUCAUCCAUAGAACAGUUCUUAGGCAAAUGCGAUAGUGGAGUUUGUUGGGACUCUUGGAUUUUCAAUUCAGAAUGAAAUAGAUGUGCAACACUAUCCUAUGGACUGGUUAUCCAACACAACUUUUUAAAAAACUAAAUUAAACCCACAAGCUGUCUUUCAAACUGUAUAUAUUUUUGUAUUCUUCAAAAUAAACAUUUCAAAAUAAUUUUUGUGGAUAAAAAGACUUCAAAGUCAAAGUAAAUUAGCAUUUGUUUUAAAAAGAUUAAGUACUUCCAUCUUACCAGGCUCUCCAUGACUGAAGAUCUGUGCCUUAGGUUUGGCACUGUCUCCUAUGAUCUCUUCUGGGAUGGGGGUGGGGUAGGGGUGUGGACUCUAUCUAAACCCUCAAGUUCUUAAACUGUGGGUUGUGUGCCCCUAGUGGGUCAUGUAGCUGACUGUGGGGGUUGGGGAAGUUUAACAACAGCAAAAGGUUUCUGAACGUGCAACAAUCAAAUGUAAAUCAAAGUCGAAUGAGUAGUGAAUGCAAAGGAUUUGUGUAGGGGCUCACCCGGGCUGCACUGUGGGUUCUCACUGUAGCCCUGGUUCUGAACACGUCAUGUAUACUUUGUUCUUUAUGUGCUGUCUGGCCACAUAAGGCUACUGAUGCUGCCUGAAACACCUUGGCUCAGAUAUGAACUGCAGUGCUCUCUUAUUGUACAGUUUUCUAGUCUUUGAAGAGAUUAUUUUUAAUUACGUAUACUUGUUAGGAUCUGUGCAUGAGUGCAAGUACUCUCCAGUGGCCAGAGGCAUUGGCUGUCCCUGGAGUUGGAGUUUCAGGUAGAUGUGAGCAGCCUGCUAUGGGUGCUGGGAACAAAAUUCAAGUCUUCUGCAAGAGCAGUAUGUGCUUUUAACCGCUGAGGCAGCUUUUCUGCUCCUAGACUUCUACUCUUCAAAGACAUAAUGGUUUAAUUAAGGAAAAAAGAUAAUAUUUUCUUGUUAUUGUUUCUUAGCACAUGUUAAAUUUAUACAUCUUGGGAUUGCAUUGUGUUAGAAUUUUUUAUUUUAAAAUUGCAGUUUGAGUUACUGAUUUGCACUUCAUUAAAAAAAUCACACGAAAAUUUUGGCUGGUGAUUGGGAUAGAAUUUCCAACUAUUUUUGAAAUGUUUCCAAAUCUAUUUUUUUGCCACUUUGCACUAGGUAUUUAUAUAAAAUGAUUCUCAGCAUUGGUAAUUAUAAAAUCAAAAUAGCAAUCAAUUACAAAAAAAGUUGACAAUGUUGUGUUUAGCAAUAUCAAAUAUUCAGCCAAGAAUAAAUAAUUUUUACGUAGAGAUGAACAAGGAAAUCCAUCUCGUUUGCAUACAAGCUUGCUUUUGUCUUAAAUGGAUUUUUGGUCUGCUUCUUUUCAAAAUUCAUUUUUUAGGUUAGGAUACAAAGUAAGCAUUCAAAGAAAGAAAACAAACUUUUUUUUUUAAACGACCAAUGUUUGCUUUAUACCACUAUUAUAUCCUAUAUACCUCGAGUGGCAUGAAAGUUUUUCAGGUGUCGGGGCGGCAAGUUGAAAAAGUCUAAUUAGCUGUAUUCUAGACUGCUCAUUUCGACAUUUACUUCCAAGCAAUCUAGAGUGCCUUUUCGUGGCAGAAGCAUGAAUAUGUGCUUUGUUUCGCACGGAGCUUCCUAGAGAUUUAAAUUCAAGCAGCACCAUAGGACACAAUAAAGGUUUUUACAGCACAUCCAUUUGUUUUGUUUGCUCUUCCCGUCCCUGGAUACCCUGGCAAGGGGCUGAAUAUCUGUCAGCAACUUGCUUGGCAUUUUUUUUUUUUUUUCUCAUUUGGUACAGGCUCUCCUAAGUGAUACAGAUAAAAUUCGUCCCUAGCACGAGAAUGUGGCAAACAGAUUUGGGUAUGAGUUUGAAGUGAACCACACUGUAGAUACAGCACGUGAACUCCACGCUGUAGGAACAGAGAUUUCGUUUCUACCCUUGUAGAGAAACUGUGCCUGGCACAGAUUUCCCCUGGAACUCGUUCGCUUGUGAGCGAGAUGUGUUUCCUUUGGCUGGGCAGGAGGGAGAUGGGGAGGAGGCAGUCUUGGAACAGCAGGCAGAACGGAGCGCACGUUCGCUGAGGGCGGAAGGAAUCCCCAGCAGACCAGAGGGACACGCCCUGCCGCUCUCCCAAAGGGCGGUCUCUCCUGGGAUGCCUGGCUUCCAGGCAGCCUGCAAAAACCCUUCUCUUUUCCAGGGCAGACAAGACGCCCUCGGCGAGCCAAAAGCCGCGUCAGCGGCCCCACCCACUCGCCUCCAACGGACCCAGGUCGCCUUCCCGGUUCCCAGCAGCCACCGCGGAGGCGCCGCCCGCACAGGGCAUGCUGGGAGUCGAGGUACCCGGCGCUUCAUGACUCUCUUCCGUUCGGAAUUCCACUUGGAACGCCGUGAGGUAGCGUCGUAGUCGGCGCUCCAGCCCCGCACUCGCAGCUCCAGGGCCCCAAGAACGACACCCCCUUCCCGGGGCGCCGUGCACCGCGUCUCCCCGCAAAGAGCCCCGCUCCGCCCCCCCGACCCUGCUCUACGGAGAUUGACAGCGGCGCGGCGCCCGGAGCUGCGGCCAAGUCGGAGGUGCGCAGGCGCACUAGCUCAGCGUUGACCCCUCCCACCCCCCAGUUAGGCCCGGAGGGCGGGGCCAGCACGAGGGCUCCAGGCCGCGGGGGCGCGCACGUAGGCACGUAGGGCCCGUCACGUGGGGCGCCGAGGAUCGCAGUGCGCGUGGCCGCGGCGGCUGGUGUGGGGUUGAGUCAGUUGUGACACCCGGAGCUGCUGAGCGGACAGGCUGCCCUCGGGACCCCCGCGGCCCGGCAGCAGGCGCGGAGCUUCGGGAAUCGUGAGCCUGGCCCCGUCCUAGAGCUCCGCGGAGCCGGCGCCGCCACCGUCCCCUCGCCCCCGCCAGCGAACCGCCGCCGCGGGCGCGCCCCCGCUCUGCGCUGCGCUGUCUCCUAUGGCGUCCGCCUCCGGGGCCAUGGCGAAGCACGAGCAGAUCCUGGUCCUCGACCCUCCUUCAGACCUCAAAUUCAAAGGCCCCUUCACAGAUGUAGUCACUACAAAUCUUAAAUUGCAAAAUCCAUCGGAUAGAAAAGUGUGUUUCAAAGUGAAGACUACAGCACCUCGCCGGUACUGUGUGCGGCCCAACAGUGGGAUUAUUGACCCGGGGUCAAUUGUGACUGUUUCAGUAAUGCUGCAACCCUUUGAUUAUGAUCCGAAUGAAAAGAGUAAACAUAAGUUCAUGGUACAGACAAUUUUUGCUCCACCAAACAUUUCAGAUAUGGAAGCUGUGUGGAAAGAAGCAAAACCUGAUGAAUUAAUGGAUUCUAAAUUGAGAUGUGUGUUUGAAAUGCCGAAUGAAAAUGAUAAGCUGGGUAAAACUCCACCAGGGAUUGCUUCAACUGUCGCUUCAUUGAGCAGCGUCAGCAGUGCAGUUGCAACACCUGCCAGUUAUCACUUGAAGAAUGAUCCCAGGGAACUAAAAGAGGUGAAGCAGAAUGAUAUGGAACCUAGCAAAGCUGUUCCACUGAAUGCAUCCAAACAAGACGGACCCCUGCCAAAACCACACAGUGUUUCACUCAAUGAUACGGAAACAAGGAAACUGAUGGAAGAGUGCAAGCGACUCCAGGGAGAAAUGAUGAAGCUCUCAGAAGAAAACCGACACCUGAGAGAUGAAGGCCUAAGGCUCAGAAAGGUAGCACAUUCGGAUAAACCUGGAUCCACCUCAGCCGUGUCCUUCAGAGAUAAUGUCACCAGUCCUCUUCCUUCUCUUCUGGUUGUAAUUGCAGCCAUUUUCAUUGGAUUCUUUCUAGGGAAAUUCAUCUUGUAGAGUGAAGCAUGCAGAGUGCUGUUUCUUUUUUUUUUUUUUUUCUUCUCUCGACCAGAAAAAGAUUUGUUUACCUACCAUUUCAUUGGUAGUAUGGCCCGCGGUGACCAUGGCCCGCGGUGACCAAUUUUUUUUGUGUGUACAGCGUCAUAUAGGCUUUGCCUUUAAUGAUCUCUUACGGUUAGAAAACACAAUAAAAACAAACUGUUCGGCUACUGGACAAAUUGUAUAUUAUCAGAUCAUCACUAGCAGAUGUCAGUUGCACAUUCAGUCCUUUAUGAAAUUCAUAAAUAAAGAAUUGUUCUUUCUUUGUGGUUUUAAUAAGAGUUCAAGAAUUGUUCAGUCUUGUAAAUGUUAUUUUAAUAAUUCCUUUAAAUUUUAUCUGUUGCUGUUACCUCUUGAAAUAUGAUUUAUUUAGAUUGCUAAUCCCACUCAUUCAGGAAAUGCCAAGAGGUUUUCUGUGGGGGAAAUGGUGCCUCUUACUGUGUAAAUUUUCUCCUUUACCUUUGCUAAUAUCAUGGCAGAAUUUUUCUUAUCCCUUGUGAGGCAGUUUGUUGACUGAGUUUUUCAUCCUUACAAUCCUGUCCCAUGGUAUUUAACAUAAAAAAAAUAAAACUGUUAACAGAUUCUUGCUCGAUA